AUGAAGCAUGAAGCAAGCAAGGCUUUCGAGGGACGUGCGGAGCGGAGAGCAAACGGCACGACAGGUAGAGGUCCGCAGUUGCCUGAUCGUGAGAAACAAGACAAUCAAAGUCGGUUUGCAUGGAGUCAUGACCGGUCACACACGAAGAAAAGGCAGGCAGAUGUCGCAGGAAACGAGAUCGAGAUCGCGAGGGCAUCCAAGUUAGUCGACCAGACAGCCAAAAGCUUGUCGUUGCGCAAGAGAGAGGCUGAGCUGAAGGAGGCUGAGGUCACAGGAGACGAGAUCGAGAUCGCAGACGCCCUCCUGAGAGUCAGGGAGGCAGAGCUGGAGGAGGCUGAGGUCACAGGAGACGAGAUCGAGAUCGCGAAGGCACGCAAGUUAGUCAACAAGGCAUGGCUAAGCUUGUCGUUGCGCAAGAGAGAGGCUGAGCUGGAGGAGGCUGAGGUCACAGGAGACGAGAUCGAGAUCCUCAAGGCACGAAUCAGGGUCAGGGAGGCAGAGCUGGAGGAGGCUGAGGUCACAGGAGACGAGAUCGAGAUCCUCAAGGCACGAAUCAGGGUCAGGGAGGCUGAGCUGGAGGUGGCUGAGGUCACAGGAGACGAGAUCGAGAUCCUCAAGGCACGAAUCAGGGUCAGGGAGGCAGAGCUGGAGGAGGCUGAGGUCACAGGAGACGAGAUCGAGAUCCUCAAGGCACGAAUCAGGGUCAGGGAGGCAGAGCUGGAGGAGGCUGAGGUCACAGGAGACGAGAUCGAGAUCCUCAAGGCACGAAUCAGGGUCAGGGAGGCAGAGCUGGAGGAGGCUGAGGUCACAGGAGACGAGAUCGAGAUCGCAGAGGCCCUUCUUGCCCUCAGGAUGGCAGAGCUGGAGGAGGUUUGGCUGAGAGGAGGCCAGAUAAAGUUCGAAAGGGCAGUCGAGCUAGCCAGGCAGGCAAGCAUAAGCUUGUCGUUGCUCAGGAGGACGGCAGAGCUGAAGGAGAUUGAGGACACAGGAGACGAGAUCGAGAUCGCAAAGGCGCGUUCCAGACUGACACAAGCAGAGCUUGACGAGGCGAAGAUCAAAGGAGACAAGAUUAAGAUUGCAGGGGCAUAUCUCAAGUACAGGAAGACAUACCUCGAUAUGAUUCAAGUCACAGGAGACGAGAUCAAGAUCGCAGACGCCCUCCUGACAGUCAGGAAGGCAGAGCUGAGGGAGGCUGAGGACACAGGAGACGAGAUCGAGAUCGCGAGGGCACGCAAGUUAGUCGACCAGGCAUGGCUAAGCUACUUUGUGCGCACGAGAGAGGCUGAGCUGAAGAAAGCUGAGACACAGGAGACGAGAUCAAGAUCGCAGACGCCCUUCUUGGGCUCAGAUGGCAGAGCUGAAGAGCUGAGACACAGGAGACGAGAUCGAGAUCGCGAGGGCAUCCAAGUUAGAGACGAGAUCGAGAUCGCGAGGGCACGCGAGUCAGUGGAUGAGGCAGAGCUAUGCUACUUUGUGCGCAAGACGGGGGCAGAACUGGAGUAG